GCGGGGCCGGGGCCGGGAGGCUCUGGCUCCCCCGGCCCGACCAGCCUGAGCCUCUCCUCCCCUGCCUGACCUCCCCGCCUCUCACGAUGGCGGCUCCGGGGCUGCGGAGAAGGCCGCACCUCUGGCGGUUCCUGCUGGCGAUUGUGCUGGCCUUGAACUUGGCCGCUGUCCAGGCCCAACAGACGCCGCGCACCCCAGAGCGGGGGCCCCCGGUGCGGCUCUUUACAGAGGAGGAGCUGGCCCGCUACGGCGGGGAGGAGGAAGACCAGCCCAUUUACCUGGCAGUGAAAGGAGUAGUAUUUGAUGUCACUUCUGGAAAGGAGUUCUAUGGCAGGGGAGCGCCAUACAAUGCCCUGGUUGGGAAAGACUCCACAAGAGGGGUGGCCAAGAUGUCUUUGGAUCCUGCAGACCUCACACACGAUACUACUGGACUCACAGAAGAGGAGCUGAAGUCCCUGGAUGAUGUCUUUACUAACGUGUACAAAGCCAAAUAUCCUAUUGUUGGCUACACAGCACGUCGAAUCCUAAAUGAAGAUGGCAGUCCCAAUCGGAACUUCAAGCCCGAGGAUCAGCCCCAUUUUGACAUUAAGGAUGAGUUCUGACAGUCUGCUAGAACAGAUGACCUUGGGGAGAGGUCAACCACAGAGGGCAGGGGGCAAUUUUUGGCAUUCAAUGAGGAGUGAGUGGAAUAACUCAGAAGUACUCAAAGUGUCUCGGGCUGGAGUCUCUGAAUCAUUUUUUGAUAUGAAUAAAAUAAACUUUUACAAAGAA